AUGGGGGGCCAGGUGCCGCCUCCCAGGGCGGCGGCGGAGGCGGAGGACCCCGCCGGUGAUGGACGCCUCCCGGAGAUAGCCGCCGCCAUGAGCCAGCCGCCUGCAGGGGGCGCCGCCGCCGAGCCUCGUCUCCAUCCCGAGGGCAGCAGCGGCAGGAAGCAGCAGCGAGCCUCCUCUCCGGCCAGGGCCCGCGACAACCCCCCCCGCCCACCGACCGCCGCCGCCACCACCCGCACCCCGACCGCCGCCGCCGCCAACAAGGCCGCCUGGGCGCGGCCGCAGCCGGGACAGGCCGCCAGACCCGCCCGCGGCCGCGCCUCCGACAGGCCGCCUGGGCGCGGCGCAGGUCCACCGGGAGCUGUCCAUCCCGGUGCCGGUGCUGAACCACCUCCCGCUCCCACUCCCGCCGCCGGUGCCGGGAAAGUCCCCGCCGCCGAGGAGCCACCGCCGCGCGCCGCCGACCCCGCCGCUCCCCGCGCCGCCGAGGAGGCGCCCCCUGCAGGAGGCGGCGGCGGCGGGGAGGGGGAGCGGGAGGGGGCGGUGGCGCCGCAGCCGCCGCCGCCGCCCAAGCAGUGGCGGGGGAAAGCGGGGCGGUCUCCGCUGAAGGGCGCGGGGGAGGCGGCCCCGGCGCCCCCGUCUUCCGCGGGCGCGGGGAAGGGCCGCGGUGCGGCGGCCGGCGGCGGCGGCGGGUACUGGAAGGAGGGAUGCCUACAAAGUGAGCUCAUCCAGUUCCAUCUCAGGAAGGGGUUGGCGGCGGCCGCCCAGAUGCAAACCAAGGGCAGCAACCACAGCGGCAGCGCUUCCUCAGCCUCCUCCGCCUCCGCGGCCGCCGCCCCGGCCGAGCCUCCCCCGAGCGCCUCCGCCUCCUCGCCCUCUGCCAUGGCGGCGGCCGGGGCGGAGGGGCUGCGGCAGGGCGAGGAGGGCGGCGACGGCAGGAGCGGCGCCCCGGAGGGCGCCCUGAGCCCGCAGCUGCAGGAGGAGAUGCAGGAAGAGAUGGAGAAGCUGCGGGAGGAGAACGAGAGCCUCAAGAAUGAGAUAGAUGAGCUGAGGACGGAGAUGGAUGAGAUGAGGGACAGUUUCUUCGAGGAGGACGCUUGUCAGCUUCAAGAAAUGCGCCAUGAACUGGAGCGAGCCAACAAGAACUGCCGGAUCCUUCAGUACCGGCUGCGCAAGGCUGAGCGCAAGAGGCUCCGCUACGCCCAGACCGGCGAGAUUGAUGGCGAGCUCUUGCGCAGCAUGGAGCAGGACCUCAAGGUUGCAAAAGAUGUAUCUGUGAGACUUCAUCAUGAGCUAGAAAAUGUGGAAGAAAAACGUACCAUAACAGAAGAUGAAAAUGAAAAAUUAAGACAGCAACUUAUAGAAGUUGAAAUUGCUAAACAAGCCCUACAGAAUGAACUGGAAAAAAUGAAAGAGCAAUCACUGAAAAGAAGAGGGAGCAAAGACCUACCAAAAUCGGAAAAAAAGUCACAGCAGACACCAACAGAGGAUGACAAUGAAGACCUGAAAUGCCAGCUACAGUUUGUCAAAGAAGAAGCAGCCUUGAUGAGGAAGAAAAUGGCCAAGAUUGACAAAGAAAAAGACAGAUUUGAACAUGAGCUGCAAAAAUAUAGAUCAUUUUAUGGAGAUUUGGACAGUCCCUUGCCAAAAGGUGAAGCAGGUGGACCACCUACCACAAGAGAAGCUGAACUCAAGCUUCGACUGAGACUUGUGGAGGAGGAAGCUAACAUUCUUGGGAGGAAGAUAGUGGAACUAGAAGUAGAAAAUAGAGGCCUGAAAGCAGAGCUUGAUGAUUUAAGAGGAGAUGAUUUCUCAGGUACCGCUAACCCGCUCCUGGGAGAGCAGAGCGAAUCCCUGUCAGAAUUACGACAGCAUUUGCAGCUAGUAGAAGAUGAAACGGAACUGCUCAGGAGAAAUUUAGCAGAUUUGGAAGAACAGAACAAACGCAUAACAGCUGAGCUGAACAAAUACAAGUACAAGUCUGGGGCCCACGAGAGCUCUAGGCAUCACGAUAACGCCAAGACAGAAGCAUUACAGGAGGAGCUAAAAGCUGCACGAAUGCAGAUCAACGAGCUGAGUGGCAAAGUCAUGCAACUCCAGUACGAGAACAGAGUCUUAAUGUCCAACAUGCAACGCUACGACUUGGCCUCUCAUCUCGGAAUCCGCGGCAGUCCCAGAGACAGCGAUGCGGAAAGCGAUGCAGGCAAAAAAGAGAGCGAUGACGAUUCCCGUCCCCCUCACCGGAAAAGGGAAGGGCCUAUCGGUGGGGAAAGUGACUCUGAGGAGGUACGCAACAUCCGAUGCCUGACACCCACCAGGUCUUUUUAUCCGACGGCAUCCGGAUGGCAGAAAAGCUUCACUGACAGGCAGCAGAUGAAGGACAUUCGCUCCGAAGCUGAGCGGCUGGGCAAGACCAUAGACCGCUUAAUUUCUGACACGAGCACCAUCAUAACAGAGGCGAGAAUCUACGUAGCUAACGGGGACCUCUUUGGACUGAUGGAUGAGGAAGAUGAUGGCAGCAGAAUACGUGAGCAUGAGCUUCUGUACCGGAUCAAUGCUCAGAUGAAGGCCUUCAGGAAAGAGCUCCAGGCUUUCAUCGACAGACUCGAAGUUCCAAAGUCUUCGGAUGAUCGAAGUGCAGAUGAACCUUUGUCAGUGAGUCAGGUAGACUUUUACUUAUUACGGCCUACAGGUAAAAAGGCUCUGACAAGUGAAUUAAGCCUCCAAUUUCUUGUAUGGCACAUAGAAGUUCUUUAUUCUAGAUGCUGGACAAAAAGGGCUAUUUCUGAAAUUAUUUUAAAUCCUCAAUUGGCCAUAUGA